GGUGGAAUGAGCACGCAGGCGCUGGCCUUCCAUCAUGCCUCCAAGCCCAUCUCCGUCCAAGAGUUCCGCGAUGCCGUCCUGGCAGUGUGUCGGCCGCGCUUCCCUACGGCGUACUACGCCCGGCCGCAGCGAAUAGCCCUGGCCAUCAGCGGAGGCGUGGACUCCAUGGCCAUGGCAUAUCUCUUUUCUCGCCUCGUCAGGGUAUACAGGGGCAUCAAGAUAGCCGACUACCCUACCGAGACUGCCUUUGGCGUUGUCGUCGAUCACAAGCUGCGAGAAGAGAGCACUCAGGAAGCUUCCCGCGUCACCCAGGAGCUGAAGCGGCUUGGCCUCAAGGCCAUCAUCAAGACCCUCAACUGGAGGGAGCUCAAGUGGAAUGGCAUUGAGCCAAGCACCCUGCCUAAUAUCGAGAGCGUUGCACGCACCAUGCGCUACCAGGCCCUGGGAUCGACCUGCCUGUAUCUGCAGUCCUCAAGCCUCUUCUUUGCCCACCAUCAGGACGACCAGUACGAAACAGUCCUGAUGCGGCUGCUCGCCGGCCAUGGAUACCGAGGACUCCGGGGCAUACGGGAGGCCAAUGCCAUUCCAGAGUGUUACGAACUGCACGGCGUCUACAAGAGCGGCCUUAUAGAUGAUCAGAUGCAGAAGCGCCCUUUUCUCAGCUUCAAGCCGCCGGGGCGGGAGAUGAGGCGGUUGCGCAACAUUCUGAGGGACGACAAGGAAGCAGAGCCAUGGGAUCAGAUCAGGUCGUAUCUCAGCUCAGAUCACGCGUCCAUGAGCUUUCCUGGCCACCUCUCCCGGGAUUUUGACCCCAAUGUGCCAUAUCUCACCCCUCUACAGAGCGAAGAUGGCGGCGUCACCAUCUACCGGCCUCUUCUGGAAUUUGACAAAGCCAGACUCAUUGCGACGUGCGAGGCCAACGGCGUCCAAUGGUUCGAGGAUAGCACCAACACCGAUCCGACCCUCACCACCCGCAAUGCUAUCCGGCAGCUCACUCGGGGGCACACGCUGCCCAAAGCGCUGCAGAAGCCGUCUAUCCUGGCGCUGGCUCAGCGGUCGAAACGGAGAGUUCGGCUGGAAGAAGCUGAAGCCCAUCGACUGCUGGUGCGCGAAAGCGUCAUCAAGGACUUUGAUCCAAACGCAGGCACUUUACUCAUUGACGUAUCAACGCUCUGGCGCCCAUCGCUCCUGCAGAUGAGGCGCCCCUUCUCCCAGGCUAGGGAGGAAGCUCGCAGACGCUCUCGUCGGCUGAUGGCUGCCCUGGCACUUCGAAAGCUCAUUGCCUUUGUAACCCCUGAGCUUCAUCUGCCGCCUUUGGCCAACCUGGAAAAUGUUGUCGAUCGGCUGUUUCCAGAGCUGUCACGGGAAUCCGACACCGUACCAGUAGCCCAGCCAAAGGCUUUUUCGAUCGCAGGUGUACUCUUCGAGCCUGUGCCCAAGAUGAAUUCGGCCUCGUGGCUUCUGUCCAGGGCACCGUAUUCUUCGAGGCAACCGCUGCCGGAGCGGAAAUUGCCUGGGUAUCUGAGUUAUCGAGGAGGCAUACUCAAGUUGGACGGCGAUGGCGACCAGCCCAGUCGCCACCGUCACUGGCGCGGGUGGAAAACCGCCAAACUCUGGGAUGGACGCUUCUGGAUACGGGUCAGCGCUUGUGUUGCAGCAAAGUUCCAUGUGCUUCCCUUUCUCCCAUCUUCCGCGAAGCCGUUCCGCAUGGCCGUGCCCCCGAGAGAGCGCGCCAACCUGGAGAAGAUCCUCAAGCACUAUACUCCCGGAAAAGUGCGGUAUACGUUGCCGGGCCUGUACAGUGUUGAGGAGUCUGCUCGGGAUCAAGACGCGGAACCUAUCCUGACACUGCUGGCACUGCCGACGCUGGGAAUCCACGUUCCCGGCCUGGAGAGAUGGGUCAAGUAUGAGGCAAGAUAUAAGAAUAUAGACGUUUCCUUGCUCGCAUCGCGCAAGAAGAAAGAAAGCAGAAUGCCGCUCUUGGGCCGUGCUAGCCCCCCGACACAGUAA